AAAUUUGAUGAAAGUACAGAUUCAUCAAUUUUGAUAUGAUGAUCACAAAACCAAUAUGCUUACCGACACAAAAUGUUGACAGUGGCGCCGAAAGCAAAUUUGUGUUUCUAGUCGAUGACUGAAGGCAAGCUGAUGUGAGUGUGCUAGCAAGGCUCUGUGCUGGCGUCUAUGUUGACAAGACCAUCGUCAUUGGGGGCCACUCUCCCUAUGAUAUGUAAGCUUCAACUUUCCGCUGCCACGGGACUCUGGUGAAAAGUGCUGGGCAAUUUUCAUCACCCCUCGUCAAUUAUGGUAUACGGCUCUGCUCUGUUCCAAACUCAAUACCGUGAAGGACUUAGAUCUAAAACAUGGAUCGCGGAGAGCGAGCAGCGCAUUUCCGAUAGUCAGUUGCCUGCUUAUUUAAUGUAUCACAUGAAGGGUCCAGUGAAUCCUAGCAAUUCGCAACCUCAGCCUUCAAAUGCAGCAUCCAGUAAUCCAUGGCCAGUGCAUAACAGCAUCUUAUAGGAUUUCAGGAAGUUGGAAUUUUUCUGACGGAAAAUGAUCAUGGCGAUCAGAGCAGCAUUCCAAAUGACCUCUAGCUAAUCGAGGAUCCAGGAAUAGUCAGUACUGCAGAGGUUUAGACACUGGUUCUCAAUUUCUUUUUUGAAGGCCAAAAUUGAUCUUUGUUCAGGCACCUUCUCUGCAAUAUGUAUAACUGCCUCUGAAACUGCUUGCAACCUGAAUGACUUGGACAUUUCACGGAAUACUGCGUGAAAUGAACCACUAAAGAGUAAUCUUUAGACUUAAACGUUUAUACAUGACAGCUCCGUCUCCAAGUACUUGUAGGUUCCAGUGAACUCUGUUUCUCG